UUGAAAUGCUUUUAAUGCGAAGGCUUCAGGGCGACUCUUCCUGUUGCGUGCUCGUGAGCACAGUGCGUGUUGACGCAGCGGGUGGGAGCUGGUGCGUCAGGAGAAGAGAGAUGCCACAGCAUCAUCUUCAUCACUAUCCUCACCGUCUCCUCCUCCUCCUCAGUGUCCGCCCUGAGCUGCCUCCUGUCGGCCUCAACCCGCCGCUCCGCCCCGGGGCCUCUCCCGUGGUACGUCCGCCUCACAGCGCCUCAUCCCGGGCUUUCAUCUGAGGAGGAGAGGAAGAGAGGAAGAGGAGGACAGGAGCGAGAAAAGAGGAGGAGACGAAAAGAGGCGGAAGAGAGGAAGAAGAGGACAGGAGCGAGAGAAGAGGAGGAGAGGCGGAAAAAGGGCGGACGAGAGGAGGACAGGAAGAGAGGAAGAGGAGAGGAGCGGCACCUGGAGGAUGCUCUGGGGUCUCCCAGCAGGCCUGUGAAGAUGAGUGUGACUUCCUGGUUCCUGGUGAGCAGCUCAGGCACUCGACACCGCCUCCCUAAGGAGAUGAUCUUCGUGGGCCGAGAGGACUGUGAGCUCAUGCUGCAGUCACGCAGUGUUGACAAACAACACGCUGUCAUCAACUACAACACAACCACUGACGAACAUCUGGUCAAAGACCUGGGCAGCCUGAACGGGACGUUUGUAAACGACCUGAGGAUUCCUGAUCAGACUUACAUCACCCUGAAGGUGUCUGACAUUGUCCGCUUCGGAUAUGAUACUCAUGUCUACGUCCUGGAGAAAAGUCAACACAAAGUCCCAGAGGAGGCUCUGAAGCAUGAGAAGUACAGCAGCCAGUUACAGAUGAGUGUUAAGGUUUUAGAUGAAAGGAAAACUGAACAGGACGAUCAGAUGAGAGCUGAAAAAACCCAGAGCGGCAAAACACAAGACGCUCCCGGGUGUCAACCCACUCCUCUGUACGGACAGCCGUCCUGGUGGGGAGAGGAGGAUUAUGGGAGCAAAGUUCAGCACAGCGAAGAACCACAUCCAGAAGUGCAGAGGGAUGUUCUGUCUGUGGAUCCAGAUUUUACUGGAUCUCUGUCAAAUUCCCAAACAAAGAUGUUCCCCUCAUACCACCGGGAAGCGAGCUACUUCGAGAUCCCCACCAAGGACUUCCAGCAUCCCCGAACCUCAGGGGCGGAGCUCCACGAAAUCCCCACCAAGGACACAGAUACGCCCCCAGCCCCUCCUUCCCCUCCCACCAAGACCAUGCCUGUCGUUCAGAGCCACGCCUCCUUCACCAUAGAGUUCGACGACUGCAGGCCCGGAAAAAUCAAAAUCAAAGACCACGUCACUAAGUUCUCCACUCGCCAGAGGAGGCAGCAGGCUCCGCCCCCCAUGACGAGCAUCACUGCGACACCUGCCGAGGUGAUGUCUUCAGAGAGCAAAGUGGCUGAUUGGCUCGUCCACAGCGAUGUCAGCAUGAUGAGGAGACGUCCGACAUGUGAAGACGUUUACAGCACAAAGAGCGACCUGGCCAUGAACAUCAAGACCCUCAAAGGUCACCAUCAUGAGGACGGAACCCAGAGCGACUCAGAAGACCCAGUUCUCAAUGGAAGGAGUACAUCCCACCACUCCGUCCAAUCAGAGCAGUCUGAGGUGUUGCAGCAGACUGUCCAAUCAGAUCAGUCUAUCUAUUGUCAACCGCCUGCUCCUCCACAGAAGCUCCAGCAGCCACUGCAGUACUCUCCACCGAGUUCGGCUCCAGCCUCACCUGUGGCCCCUGAGGGGCCCCUGUCCCAGAGCCCUACUCAAGCUCCAUCCCCCACCACAGAGACACAAAGGCAGGGCCCUCCUGAGAGCCUCACCCAGCAGGCCUUCAUCAUCGAGUUCUUCGAUGACAACCCACGCAAAAAACGCUCACAGUCCUUCACGCACAACCCUGCCCACGCCGACUCAUACUCUGCCCUGAAGGCCAAGAUGGAGAGGCGCAAAGUCAGCGAGAGGCCGGCAUCUGUUCAUGGCCACAUGCCCCCCACCCAGCAGAUGACCGUUCCUCUGAAGGGUCAGAGUUACAGUGGACCCCAGAGGUCGAGCUCUUUAAAGAGAGAGAAGACAGAGGGGGAGGCGGCUUCAUCGAACCCCUCCUCUCGCUCUUCCUCGAGCAUCGUCAUCAGACCCUUUGGCAGCGUCGGGAAGAAGUCCACGCUUGCCCAGGAGUUUGCGACUGAAUUCCUGAAGGAUUCCAGUCAGCUGGACUCUUCCCCAACAAGGGAAAUGAUGUUAACUCCACCCAUGUCUGCGCCGCCAGUGAUGGUGUCGCCUCCUCAUGCUAGGAUUCCCUCUCCACAAGAACCUCCAACCCCAUCCUCUGUCUCCUACCCCUCGUCCCCCUUACAGCCUCUAGCAGCUUUAAAGUCUUCCAUCCCCGCUAACGCAGGACAGACCACCUCUCCUGUGCCCUCCUCUGGACCUCACAUGUCCUCAAUGCUCUCCCAUGGCGUCCGUGCAGAAGACAUGAAAGGUUCCCAGAGGAUGGUGAGGAACGAGGAGGAUGACAGUCUGAGUGAUGCCGGAACCUACACCAUAGAGGCAGAGUCACAGGACCAGGAGGUGGAGGAGGCUCGCAACAUGAUCGAUCAGGUGUUUGGUGUCCUCGACUCUCCCGAGUACAGUGGUGUGAACACAGGAGUGUAUAGACCUGUAAGAAAUGAUGGCAAGGAUGAACAAGCUAACCUGCCUAGUGAUGGUAGCACUGUGGACCUGUUGCAUGGCUUUAUCCCAGCUGCAAUCAGUGUUCCCCCAACAGGCCCCAUACAGGUUCCAGCUGCUCAUGUACAAGGUCUAGAAGGACCUAAGUGGGUUUCCCGCUGGGCCAGUCUGGCAGAUAGCUAUGCUGAAUCCGGUUCCACUCCACCUCAAGGGGAAUGUCUAGAAGCUUUACGCUUCAUGAGCAGCGCGUUGGGAACUUACAGCCACGAACCCUCUGAGCCUGAGUCCAGUCACAGCUCCAGGACCAGAAGGCUGCUGCCCCAGGUGCCUCCGGAGAAGCUGGAUAGUGUCGCCCCGAGUAUCUUGAUUCGUCAUGAAUCUUACCAAGGCCAGGAACCUCUGGCCAGAGUGUCUGGUUCUCCUAACCGACAGGACUCCACCCAGCAUCUGUCUGUUCAGGAUGACGUGGACCCAGACAGCCUGAGCGACGCCAGCCGCUCAGAUGAUGGACCAGUUCUGGAAAGGGCAAAGAAGAAUCAGGUCAGAUCAGGAGCUUUGUCUCCAGGGGUCACUGGUCCUCAGGUUAGAGGUCAAGGGAGAGUGUCUCCAUCCAACAAAUCCACAUCCUUCUACAUCGGUUCUGAAGACCAUCCAGGCAAACCUGACCAGGCCCAGAGCCCAGUACAGUCUGAGAGGACGCGAGACCCCCCAGCAAAAACUCCUCCUACCACAGUCCUGAUACGACACCUGAGUGGACAUGAACCCAGGAGGACAGGUGUCAAACCCAACAGCUCUGCUCCAAACCUCCAAAUACAGGACAAGGAUUCUGUCCCAACUAAAGACAGCUGCAUGUCGUCAUUUGUCCGGCAGGAGAGCUUUACCAAAGACCGGCCCAGCGACACUGUCCAGAUGAAAAACCUUCCCCACAUCUCCAGCCACCCAUCCAUCAGAGACAUGGAGAAGAGGAGGGAGAACAUCCAGGACGCACAGUCCUUCCUUCAGGAGGCUGGGGGAACUUUGUCUCCUCUGGACACCAGGUUCCCCUCAUCAGGUUUUGGUCGCAGCUCAAAGAAAGGGGGCUCCUCCAGCCACAUGGAUGACUCCCUUUCUGGUGAGUCAGAUGUGGACACUGCAAGCACCGUGAGCCAAGUCAGUAGCAAAAAUGCUCCAGUCAGCUCAGCUUCUAAAAAGCGUCCCGCCAUCAGCAGCCUUCAGAAGGAGAAGUCCUCUUCCAGCUCAGCCAUCCAAGAGAAGGGACGGCAGCUCACUGCCCGCGAACGACUUUCUGAGAAACGGCAAAGCCAGACAACUCCUAAUGUGUCAAGUAAAAGUGAAGCUGAAAAGCGUUUUCAAAUGCGUCGCAGUGCCGGGAACUGUGGCUCUCUGGAUCUCUCUGAGGGCCAGCAGAGUUCUGGUACCAACUGGACUGAAAGUACGUCAUCUGACCACGAAAGUUCUCGUCCGUCCAACCGUAGCAAGAAACCAAUCAGCCCUCUUCAGAAAGAGGAUACUGAAAAAACAGCCAAGACAGUGACUCAGCAGAUCCUGACACGUUCCAACAGCCUGUCAGCGCCACGGCCGACCCGAGCCUCCAUGCUCCGUCGAGCACGACUGGGUGAGGCUUCAGACAACGAAGGUGCUGAGACUGACCGGACAUCCCAGAACUCCGACAAUAUCACUGCACCGCCCAAACUCUCCGGAGAAGGGAAGAAGAUGUCCAGACUGGACAUCUUAGCAAUGCCCCGGAAGAGGACCGGCUCCUUCACAGCUCCCAGCGACAAUGAAACGUCCUCCACGGGACGGUCGGCUUUCUCCAACCGCAACUCCGAGUCUGCUUCCAGCACCAGGAAGGUGAGCGACGGCCGGCAGGCCGCCAGCAGACGAGGUGGAGCUCCUGUGAAGCAAGCAUCCACCCACAGCCGGUCCAGUGGAGCAAAGUAUCCCAGCACUGGUUCGCGUCGCAGACAGAAGGAAUCUGACUUCUCGUCCUCGGAGGAAGAAUACGAGAUGAACGCCGCGGCUUCCAAAGCGAAGCGCUCGUCUCAUCACUCAGCGUCUUCACAGAAUCCCCGAGGCCAGCGCACGGCCGCCACUCGGUCCAAGUCCGUGUCCCUGGAGACAGAGGAGGAGGACGACCCGAACGAGGUGGACCCUUACCAGAACUGGUCCACGCACAGCGCAGAGAUCGCCAAGCUCAGUCAGGACCUGGCCAAAGAUCUCGCCAUCCUGGCGAAGGAAAUCCACGAUGUGGCCGGAGAUGGAGACUCGCCGAGUUCGGGCAUGGGAGCCACCACCUCGCCCAGCCCACUGCCAAAUACACCGGCCUCCACCAUCUCUGCCAGGGAGGAGCUGGUCCAUCAUAUCCCUGAGGCCAGUUUAAACUACCAGAAGGUUCCUCCAGGUUCGUCUGUCGUCUCCGACCUGGACGCAAACAUGAACGAGCCGGAGCCGGGUUCUAAACAGCGACGUCCGUGGAACCGUGAAGAGGUGAUUCUGGACAAUCUGAUGCUGAAUCCCGUGUCCCAGCUUUCUCAGGCCAUCCGCGAGAACACAGAGCAGCUGGCUGAAAAAAUGAAGGUUUUGUUCCAGAACAAGGCUGAGGUCUGGGAGGAGAUCGAGGCCAAGAUCAACGCUGAGAACGAAGUGCCCAUCCUGAAAACCUCCAACAAGGAAAUUACCUCCAUUUUGAAAGAGCUGAGGCGAGUCCAGAGGCAACUUGAAGUAAUAAACACCAUUGUGGAGCCCGGUGGAAGUCUCCAGAUUGCGGCUGUUGGGACGUCCUCUCUCUGUCAGACUCGUCCUUCAUCAAAGGAGAAGAAACCUGCCUCCAAACCCCGGAGCCCCCCCCAAACAUCCAACAGCAAUGAAAGCACCAGACGACCGCCUCGUGGCCCCAGCGCGUCCCAUCACAAGGCCUGAGGGUCCCAUCACAC